AUGCGAGUGGGGUACAACUGCCCGGAGAAAUGCCACCUCUGUAUGGCUGAGGAUUGGCAUGUCUUCGAUUCUACAGCACGGUGGCGGUCUAGUGUCGGCAAUCGGUCCACGACUCCCUUCCAGAAUGUAAACAUACCUUUGAUGCGGAUCCCUGGCCUACAUCGUGCUGAGUAUAUACAUCCGGACAGUUGCCACUGCUUUCACAUCGGUUGGGGCAAAGAUCUGGCAGCCUCCAGUAUUGUCCUGCUCGCCAAGAAGUGUCGAUGGCCUGGGCGGUCGCUUGAUAAGCGAUUGGAAGCUGCAUUCGGCGAUUUCAUCGGCUACUUGAACACCAGAGGGAAAACAACUGGUUGCGAUGGGUUCUCAUGCAAGCACCACUUCAAGAUGAGUUCGAUGCUAAGGUGUUAA